ACGCGUCGAAAAAUCAGCCGCCAACGUACCAGCUCAAUGAUGGAAGAAGUAUGCCAAGUUUCGGCUUAGGGACUUGGUUUGGAUUUAUAAAUUUAACCACAUUAAAGCCAGUGGAUGAGGAAGCGUCGGUGCGGGCAGUGGGCUGGGCCAUCGACGCGGGCUAUAGACUCUUUGAUACGGCCUACAUUUAUGGCACUGAGAAAACGGUGGGUCGUGGAUUAAAACAAAAGAUCAGAGAAGGUGUAAUUAAGAGAGAAGAUGUGUUUAUUAGCACAAAGCUUUGGAGCUACUCCCAUGCCCGCUCGGCCGUUGUGCCAGCUCUCCGCAAGUCUCUGGAGGCUCUCGAUUUGGAAUAUGUGGAUCUAUUUCUCAUACAAACUCCUAUUGGUCAAUUUACAAACGGCACCUAUGACUUGACCGACUACACGGAGACGUGGCAAGGCAUGGUGGAGGCCAGGCGGCAGGGCCUCACACGCUCCAUCGGCGUCUCAAACUUCAACGCGCACAUGAUGGAUAGGAUUAUUAAAAGUUCAUGCGUUAAACCGGCAGUGGCGCAGAUUGAGGUGAACCUCAAUAUCCAGCAGCCGUCGUUGCUGCGUUACUGUUGCGGGCACGAUAUAACAGUAAUGGGCUACACACCUUUCGGGUCAGUGUUCCCGGAUAACGCGCUGCCCGGGGCGCCGGGGCCGCGCGUAGACGAUCCUCUGCUGCGACAAAUCGCCGCAACACACAAUAAGACAGUGCCGCAGAUCAUAUUGAGAUAUUUGUUCGAUCUGGGCGUCAUUCCCAUACCAAAGUCAAUUACGAAGUCUAGAAUAGAAGAAAAUAUUGACAUAUUCGAUUUCGAUCUGUCAUCAGAGGAGACGAAAGCACUAGAAGUCUACGAUGUAAACUACAGAAGCGGCAACAGUUGGUCGGACUCACCUUAUUACCCAACCAGAGAAUUAAUUACAUUGUAAUAUAACUUGAUUGGAAUGCGGCUAGCUAACUAUUGGUAGUAAUAAAAUAUAAAUGAAACAAUGUCUUGAUAAUUAUAGUAACAUUUACACGAGUAUGAAAUAAAUAAAUAAAUUAAACUGAUAUUGU